CAUCACAAAAACGACAAUUCACAUUUGACAUUUCGCGCUAUGAUUUGACGUACCAUGCAGUCUAGUUGAGGUUAGAAGACUCACAAAUAAAUAGGAAUACUUUGUGAAUUUUCGUCCCAACGGCUAAAGACACAAUGAAUCUGGACGACUCUACAGUUUCAGCCCCGGGAGAUCAAACCAAGAACAAACAUAAGCCAACCAAGGCGAAGAAAACGAAGGAUCAGAAACAGACUGGGCUUAAGGCCGCAGUUGUGCCUCUGGAUGGCACAGCUAACGAUAAACUAACUGAAAAGCAACUCAGAAAACUGGAAUGGGAAAAAAAACUGGCCGAGCAGAAAAAGGACUCAGCAGAUGGAAUGGAGGCUGUCAGUAAAGCUGCAUUAAAGGCUAAACGUAGGGAGCAGCAAGAGGCACAAAGGCAGGCAAAAGAAGUCAAAGUGGCUGUCAAACAUGAGCCUGUGGACAAACCUUGUGGUAAUUUGGUCUCUGUUACUUCUGAAACAGACAUCAAAUUGCCAGUAGGACCACAAGCGAAGAAAUUGCCUGAGAAAAGCAACCCUCGUCUCAAAAAAUCCAGUCGGAAGCACGUCCAGUGGGUACAACACUUGUACAGUUUGCCUAAUCCAGAGUACUCAUCAAAAUUGGUGAAUUUCAAUGGCGUGCAUCCUGCUUUCGUGAAACUAGGCGUUCGCUACUCGGAGAGAGUGAUUUUAGGGUCUAAUGCGAGAUGUUUCGCCUUACUGUGCGCAAUUAAAACGCUAAUCGAAGACAUUGAGACGCCGCCUACACAAGACUUUUGUCGACACGCCGAAGACAUGUUGCAAAGUUGCACCAAUUAUUUGCAGGAAUGUAGGCCAUUUGCAGUCUCAAUGUCAAAUGCUUUGAGAUCGUUUAAGCUUCAACUGAGGCGGGUUGACUCCUCUCUUUCUGAUGAGGAAAAGCGAGCACGUUUGCUGGGCGCAAUUGAAACCUACAUAAGUAAUGACAUGGUUAAAGCUUGGGAUGCAAUUUGCCUGAGAGUCAACGAGAAAAUUUGGGAAGAGGACGUUAUUUUAACUUAUGGCUGUUCUUCGCUAAUCAGCAAAAUUCUUCUGCGCGCGAAGAAUAACGGCAAGAACUUUUCCGUAAUAAUUGCAGAUAGCCGGCCACUAUUGGAGGGUCGAGAAUUGCUGAGGCGACUUGUAAGCGCCCACAUUAAGUGCAGCUAUGUUUUGAACGAUCACCACAGUUCGGUGAUGAAACGAGCAUCUAAGGUUCUAGUGGGGGCUCACGCCUUGCUGACUAAUGGAUGUUUGAUGUCUCGGAUAGGCACAGCACAACUAGCUUUAGCUGCCCACAACUUCAAUAAACCGGUGCUGGUUUGUUGUGAGAUUUACAAAUUUAGCGAACGCGUUCAAACUGAUUCCUUCGAGUAUAACGAUAUCGGAGAUCCAGACCUUCUCUACUCAGUAGACGGCUCGAGCGCCCCGAGCCCCUUGAGGUCAUAUCGAAACAGCAGCAAACUGGAUACCCUUAACUUGCUCUACGACAUUACACCUCCGCAUCUCAUCACUGGUGUUGCAACGGAAUCGGCGAUCUUGCCUUGCACUAGUGUACCAGCAAUAUUGCGAAUUAAUUCAGCCGAGAAUAUGUAGCUUUUAUGCUACAGUGUGAGWUUUGCUGCAAUAAAUGUUAAUUGUAUUYCUG